CUCACUGCAGUGCAUGGAAUUCAGUCUGCUUUUGAAGAAGCUAUGUCCUACUGUCGCUAUCAUCCGUCCAAGGGCUACUGGUGGCAUUUCAAAGAUCAAGAGGAACGAGAGAAAGCUAAACCAAAAGCCAAGAAGAAAGAAGAACCAAGUUCUAUUUUCCAAAGGCAACGGGUAGAUGCUUUGCUUUUAGACCUAAGACAAAAGUUUCCACCCAGAUUUGUUCAGCAAAAGCUUGGAGAAAAGCCUAUCCCAGUGGAUCAGAUCAAGAAGGAACCAGAACCAGCCCCUGAAGCUGUCAAGCCAGAGGAAAAAGAGACUGCAAAGAAUGCUCAACAGAGUGCUGGUGCUAAAGGACCUGAAAAACGGAUGAGAGUCCAGUGAAGUGAGAAGUUAUUCCACAUCUGGAUUAGUCAGUACCUGGAAAACAGGAGAUUCUUGCUCCCCUUUCUUUAUAUUUAAGCUCUUCGACUGAGACUGACGAUUCAGGGACUGAAGUCCCUGGAACAGCUUUUUCUGUAGAAACCUGUCACACAGAUGUCAACAUCAGGAUAUGAACUGCCUCAAAGGAGGUGUUUUCAGUCUUCAUCUUAUUUUGAAUGUUGGCUUCUG